GCGGCCAUUUUAAACAGUGACUCCUUUGUCGCGACUUGUGACGCUUGUAUUUCGGCUCCCGCUGCUCACUGCGACUCAGUGGUGACUACUACUGUUUCCUAUUUCCUCUACUGAUAUUUCAUGGUGCUACUUGGAACCAUCAACCUGUUCAGUGCAAUCGGCGCCCGCAAGGGCUCUAAAGAAAGUGCCGCCCUGAUCAAAGCGCACGAUAAUCUGACGCUGCAUAAUAUAUUUUUCAAUCUGUGUCAAGCUUGUGAAUUGAAGAUAAUGGCUUCGAUCCCACCCUCCGCAUUCUCUGCCGGACGUAUUCGAGACACCCAGCGUAACAGAGGCGAUAUGAAAUUGAAGACAAACGUCACUAAAAGCAAUGAAAAAUACUUCAAUACCACGUUUAAGGAACUUUCACCGUUGAAGUACAAUAGCAAGUUGAUGAAUAGCAUCUGGGGUUUCUACAAUCGGUAUUCGCCACACAAUGUGAAGAAAGUCAAUGAUGCCCACGCUUUCAACGGGGAACUGCAGCCAUCGGCUGUCAGUUCCGGUUCUAAAAGUGAGCCUAUGAUCACUUUACCAUCAACCAAACUAGACCAAGUUUGGGCUACAAUCAACGCAUCUCAAUCUCAAUAAAAUAAAAAUUGUAUAUUAAUAUCAAUAGAACUGGUAUAAAAAUA